GACGCAACAGUGCUCAUUACGAUCUGAGCUCAGUGUUGAAAUAGAGCAAUUUGCGUUUUUGAACGUCACCAAACAACCAAAACAAAACACAGCCAAUUGUUGGUGUUUGCAGACGGAUCGGUUGGUUCAGAGGGAUUGCAAGUGCCAAGUGUUUGGUAGUCAUGGGCUGUAUGACAAUGAGGUGGCCUUCUCUCAAGAUGAUUGUGCUGGUGGUUUUGGCAGCGGCCCUCGUCCUAAACACAUCGACAGUAAAUGGAAUUUCGUGUUCAAAUGUCGAAUGUGUAGACGUCAGCACGCCCAUUUGUAGGGUUUGCAACCGAAGAGUCGGCAAGAGGACAGAAAACAAUGCAUGGAGAGACGACAGGGAUUCAAACAACUUGAAUGACAGAGGACUGAUGACGAAAGAGUGCUAUCUGGAUGCAGUGAUCGGCAGCCUGCCUCAUGACCUACAAGAGCAAGUUUUCGAGGUUUUAGAGCUGGUCUUGAGCAUGAACCGAUAGAACAAUUCUUGAUGCAAUGGGAACAGCAAGGAGAGAGGACCCACGUUUUUCCUCACGGAGACAAUAAACUCACACAGUUGCAAUUAUCAAUUUGAAACUUGAACUUUUAUGGUUUAAGCAUAACAACUUAAAUAAUUAACGAAUUAAGCAAUGAAAUUACUUUUUGGAAACUAUCAGAAAUGACUACAACGUCAAAAUUAUUAAUGUGAAAUCACAAGACGAGUGGCCAAGCAGACUAUGACGCUAAUGUGUUUUACUUUAAUUUGGGAUUUUAUUUUUGAAAAAUGAAAUGAAAGAACACUGUUGUUUAGAGUUACAAUAUGUGUGAAGUUUUAUCACAGGUGAUGACAAAGACUGCUCAUGAACAACUUGACUUUGUUGAAAAAUUUUACCAACAAGAAAUGACAAUCAAUUCUGUUUACGCCUAUAAAUUCAUUGUAAGGUAAUUUGAAAGCUGACUCGUUUAUAGAAGGGCUUCAUAUAAUUUACUAUUUUGGUCUUUUUCGAUAGAAAUUCGUUUGAAUGAGACUCUACAAAGUAAAGAAAAGAUGUCUGAAUUUAAUUUUAAAAAAAUUAUAAAGCUCUUAUUGCAUGUACUGUCAAUCACAUUAUUAUUCUUCACGUUUAAAAUAUGAUAUAAAAUUUUUAGCAUGUAGCAUAAACGCAAUGCAUUUUAGAAAGCUUAACGACGUCACAAAUCGUCAUUCAUGACGUGAAGACGAAGGACGCCGCCAUUGAAAAAAAUAUAGUAACUCCAGUUGACAACAGCAAAACAUUGACGUCACGUGUUAUCAAAUUACUGAGAAUUAUUCUGUUAUAGGUAACAUAAAGAUUUUGCAUUACUACCAAUUCUUCAGAUGUCCAGUGUUAUUUUAUGGAUGUGUAAUAGAUAUUUCAAGACGAAGACUGUAUUGGACGACGUGCUCCGCUUUUAUUGCUACUUUAUGCCGAAAACAAAUCGAAGUUAUUUCUGUAUAAGUGUAGACUUAUUAUGUAGAUAAUGUGACUAUUGUCAAAUUGUGAUGUAAAUCUUUGAAUGCUUAUGUGCCAUGUAGUAUGACAGCAUUAUAUUGAUAUUAAGCACAUUAAACCUAUUAAUCGAACAACCUAAUCACUUUUCAAAUCGCAUGCGUCAUAGGACGGCUAUCAGGCAGCCAUUAUAUAUUGAUAUAAUAUUGUCUAGUGUCUGGACUGUCUUGGACAUUGACUUUAUAACAUGGCUUUGAAGACUUCUACAGAUAGGAAUUAUAAUAAUAUGACUUAUAUAGUUUAGCUUUUAGUCUGAUGUAAUUGUAUUCAGAGAAGUGACAUUACUGUGCACAGAAAACGGAACUCACCGCAGUGUCUUAAUGUACCUUGCCCUCACCAAAAUACACGCGUCAAUGUGCAGUCGUGAUUUUAGUUUCUCCAAUGUAAUGCCCAUUGCCCCAUGGUGGCGGCUAUAAAUCACUAUAAUUACAAAAUAUUGCGGCGGAAACGUAACUUUGCAGCAGUCAGGGAGGAUCUAGAUUUCCGGGGGGUCAAUUUUCAAUCCGUUUAUUAUUUGGCCAAAUUUUACAAGUAUCAUAACAUUAGUCAGCGGCUGCAGGGGGGGGGGGGGGGUGCGCCAACCCCCCUCCCCCUCCCCGAUCCGCUACUGAGCAUUAUGGGCAGCAAACCACCACAGCCAUGUAAAUCCAUAGACACGCUAAAGUGCUGAAUCCGAGUCAAAGUUUAAGAUAAAAAUAUAUAUAUCUAAUGGGAGACCUCAAAAUGACGAGCUCGUCACCAUUGCCCUAUGAUUGGUGGUAUAGGUACGAGCUAGUAGCUUGAACAAGUGUUUCUUGAAUUGAUGAUAGAGGGCGCUAUUCAGUAGUUGUUAACGAAUUUUCGUGAUUUAAAAAGUAGAUGUAAACCAAGUCUUUGGUGUGUUCGUAUGCCUAAGGCUCGGCUUUUCGAAUGCCUCUGAAAUAGUCAUCGUCAAAAAAUCAUGGUUUCAUACGCCUCGUGGUUUUUGGUAUAAAACAGGGUAAGGGUUUAACAAUAACGCUUCGAUCGUUUAUGAGGGCGCCCUCAUAUCAUAUGCGUGCCUAGAUAUUAUAGACUCACAUUUUCAAUGAUUGAACACUAAAUGAGCCUAUCUUAAGACGAUUAUCGAAAUGCUAUUGUGACUUUACUUCUGUUGCGCAUAUUAUUAAAGUAUCUGUUGAUUUAUUGAAUAAAGUAUGACCACUAUUGACGGACUGGCAUUUUUGGUAAUGUAACUAA